AUGGAGGCCGACCUUAUUGAACAAGCCAAGAAAUAUUGUCAAGAAAAGACCCAAGAAGCAAUUCUCUUCGCCGACAUCGUCGAAAAGUAUAAUGAUAAUAACGACCACCACCAACCAAGAAUUUGCGUCGCCACAGAAAACAGAAUAGCUUUAUUCAAAGGCAAAACAAAAAUCGAAUUUAGCCGUGAACGUUAUUGGGUAGAUAUUACAAAGUUAGUUUGGAACGAAGAAAUUAAAAGAGUUGAUUUUAUUUUCAAAAUGGAUCAAAAUAAAAAACUUCUUCAAGUCCGCUUUUCCAGCAAUAAAGCUGCCGAGUACAGGACGAUUGUUGCUGACUAUCUAGCACGCAUUCUUCCACCAAUUCAAAUGAAAGAAGCUAAUGUUCAACAAUUCGUUACACAUGAUAAAAAGGCAGUUGCAAUCUCCGCAGUUAAGCGUCUCGAGGCCUACUCAUUCAGCAGAAAAGUCGAAAUACCUGCGAAUGUCAAGCGUGAAUUCUUCGAGAUCAUUCAAAACCGUUACAAGAAAGUUAGACUUCCAGGCACCGAUAAGGAACACGGUUUCUUGAUUGCCGCCUUACAAGCUGACCCAUCUGCUGAGCAUCUCGUUUUAGUCGGCAAUGAAACAGAAGAUCUCUAUUCUGUAGUUGCUGUCAUUCCUUCCGGCUAUUCUCCGUUCACACACAUCACAUUAGACACCCCGAACACAACUAAAUUUGUUUCUAUGUGCAGAUCAAUCAAAUUAAGGCCAAAUUUGUUCCAGACCGAAGGAUUCACUUUCAAGAACUCAAACUUCGACCAAAAACUCGUUGACAGGUUCAAUGAAGAAUUUAACUUCAAGAAAUUCAGAGCUCUUACCUUCAAUAACUCAUUCUCACCAGAAGUUUACGAUUCUUUCGUUGAGAAGGUUCUUACAGAGGAAUUCUGCCAAACCAUUGAAUAUUUCGGCAUUGAAAAUCAGCAGGGCCUCAAAGUUCCAGUUAUUCUUACCAAAGUUCCAAAUGUUGUCGCAAUUUCAUUCGCAGACAACGGCCUCGAGCUCGGCACUGUUCUUAACGACAUCACAGCCGCAAAUCUUCAGAAUCUUAAGGCAAUUAACUUAGCAAAUAACAAAUGCGAAAAUGAUACAGAACUCGAAGCUCUCUUAUCCGAGAACAUCGAGCUUAUCGAUAUUUCUGGCUGCACAUUCUCUACCGGAAAGCUCGUUAGCUUCUUAACUGCCGUAUUUAAGGCAGAAUACAAGAAAGGCCUCACAAUCAUGGCCAACAACCUCAAGACCUCAGCCGAAGAACUCGGCAAGGCCUUGGACACUCUCGCUACUACCAGAAACUGCAGCCUUGUCGGUCUUUCUUGGAUAGGAAAUCCAAUUGGUCUAACAAUGGGCCAACUCUGCCGCAGCAUUCCUCAGCUCCGCAUCCUCUUCCUCGAUGACUGCUUCGAUAACAACACAGAACCAUUCAUUGUCAAUCAAAUCGCAGAAGCCCUCAAAGACCUUCCUAAAUUCCGCAAACUCUCCAUCAGAUCUAUCAACAAAGUCGCCGGCAAUGCAAUCCUUCCUAUCCUCAAAGCUCUUAAGAGCAGCCAGUCGAUUGAAUACCUCGAUGUCAGAAACCAGAAAAUCGGAACAGAAGGUCUCCACGCCAUUGCCGAUAUCAUUUCUGCAGGCAGACCACUCAAUUUCCUCGAUUUCGAUGGUUCGAAGCCAGAAUCUUAUGAUGAUAUCAAGAACAUCGUAGACCUCUGCUUAAACAACGGCCAACAUAUCACAAUCUCAUAUCCAUUACAAGACGUCGCGGAGUUCGUCCAGACAAACAAGGAAAUUCAAGGAUAUCUUACAGUUUCUCUCAACAAAUUAAUGAAUUACCCUACAGAAGAAUACGAUCCAAAGGAUCCAUUUACUACUCCAUUCGACAGAUUCGUCCAUCAGCCAGAAGUCGAAACCGAAUUUCCACAAUUCCGUUCCCGCAACAUUGUCAAGUUCUUUGAAUCAGCUGAAGAGAUUUCUGAGAUCGAAAUCAAAUCUCCUAAGAAGGGCGCGAAGAAGUCUUCUUCAUCAUCAUCCGAUGAAUACGAAGAUGACAACCAACGCCUUAGAAACCAGAGAGAUAGAGCUGCUUUCUACCUUGGUGAGGGUGAAAAUACAACAGAAGAUAACCAAGAUGACGAGGGCAUGAAGCCACAACAAGAGCAGAUUAAACUCAAGUUCGAUACUGAUGAUUAUAGAGAUAAGAUCGAUUGGGAGGACUGGGAUCCUGCUGUUCUCAAACCAUUCGAUAACUCUACUGCUCUCCAGAAAGUUGAUAAGAAAUACCACCUUGAUGUCCUCCGUGAAGCUUUACAUUAA